AGUUUUCACAUCCCUAUCGUGCAAAAAAAACGAGUAAUAAACAAACUGGCAGUCCGUUCCGCGACUAAACAGGCGAAUCUUCCCGAGAAAACCCUCGACAUGCCACGGAUGACGCGGACGCGCGCCCAGUAAAGAUCCCCGCCAGCGAACGUAGUGGCCGAGACCCCAGAGGAGACUUAGCAGCGAGCAGAGCCAGCGGAUUGGGAGUGUGUGUGGGCAACCAGACGAGCUCUCCAAAGCCUAAAGCUCCACCGCCAGACUCAUACCCAGACGGACGGACCAGACCCCGGCUAAAUGAGCACUGGUAUGAGGUCGCAGGACGGUCAACAGGCAGCAGCGCUGCCCCGGGCCAAGAUCAAUGCCGCCAGCACGCUGCUUACCCAGGAUGAGAACGACGCAGUCUUUCGGCUGCUGGGCAAAAAGUGUCAGACACUAAACACCGCCGUGGUGCAGAUCUACAAAACGGAGGGCAGUGCCCACGCCCACUGGAAGAAGCGGCACACGGGCGUCGUUUGCUUCGUGAAGGACAGUGCCAUUCGGUCCUAUUUUAUGCGUGCCUACUGCCUGAUCAAGAACGAGCUGAUAUGGGAGCACGAAGUAUACGAUGGCAUGCAGGUGGUCAAGUCGAGGCCCUUCUUGCUCACCUUUGAGGGCAGUGACGGUCACGUCGGCUUGAACUUUGUAUCCGAGGAAGAGUGCGACUCUUUCUUCCGCAUUGUGGACACCACCAUAGAGACGCGCAACCGGAAGCGACAGGAGAAGCGAAACCGCCAGAAAAGCCAGCAGGCACCCAAUGUGCCAGUGAAUUCCUUUUCUCAGGAGACGAGUCGCCCGCCGGCCAUGCAGGGCGGCAUAUCGUCUACGGAUGGGGCCAACGUUCAGCUGCGGAACAACAAGAUCAACUCGGUAACCUUGACGCCAGCACCGCAAAAGAACUUCCUAUCCAGCAGUUUCGGGCUUAGCAACCAGGCCAAGGACAAGAAGCGCAAGGUGACCAAGGCGGACAUCAGCCAGCCGACAAACUUUGUGCACAUCAGCCAUGUGGGCUGGGAUGCGGACAAGGGCUUCGCUCUGGCGGGCAGUGAGAACGACGAAAUGCUGAAUGAGUUCUUCGUCAAGGCUGGGGUCUCGGAGGUGCAGCUAAAGGAUCGGGACACGCGCGCCUUCAUCUACGACUUUAUAGAGAGCAACAACGUGCUGGCCACGGUGAAGCAGGACAGUGUGGAAUCCCCAACGGAAUCGACGCCCCACAUGCCGCCACCGGUGCCAAGUCGUCAUCAACACCCGCAGAAUGGUAACCAAAGAACUGCUCCUCCGCCGCCACCGGCUAGACUUCCGCCUCCUCCAGUGCCCACCACUGUGCCGGGCGCCACGCGAGCUCCACCGCCACCCAGCAGACCGCCACCAAUCAGUACCCAUCAGCCGCCACCACCGCCGCCACCUGUCAGUGCACCUGCAGUAGCGCCUCCACCUCCGCCGCCGCCACCACCUACUGCAGCGGCGGUGCCGCCACCACCGCCCCCGCCCAUGCCAAUGGGAGAGAUCCCAGCCAUUGCGACAACGCGCGCACCAAAUCAAGCGGCAAAGCCAGCGGCAUCUGCUCCGGAUCCACGGAACGAACUUAUGGACGCCAUACGCAAGGGAACAACGCUCAAGAAAGUGGACACGGCUGCCCUAAGCACUGGCAGCGGCGACACGCGCAGCGAUCUGAUGAAGGACAUUCGCCAGGGCAUCGAACUGAGACCGGCCAAGGAACGGGAGCUGGGCAGCCAGCGGCUCAGUGAUAAUGGCGGCGGCACCGAUGCCCUAGCAGAUGCCCUGCGUCGGGCGCUGGCAGCACGCGGCAACGCUAUACACUCUGACGAGGAUGAGACCGAUUCCGAGGAUAAUGACAACGAGUGGGACUAAGGAUGACACGGGAUGCGGGAGCAGACACUAUUCCAAAAAUAAGCAAUAAUUUAGUUUGUGCUUUGGCAUUUUGGUUUAUCGUUGGAUAAAUCCCUGUAAAUACUGUUAGAGAAUUUUCAUACCUCUUUAAUUUAAACGUAUCGUAGCGAUGAUCAGAUAUUGCCCGGUUUCGUUUGUUUAGACUCGCAUUUGCAUAUCCAUAAAGCUGCUCAAUUAAAUAUGAACGACAUAUUUA